GGCAGUUGUGGGGAAAGAAGCGGCCGCCACUCUGAGGAGAAAGCAGCAGGGGGAAGGAGUCACUUUCUUAAAGAGGUUACCUUGGACUCGAGUAACUUUAGUUGUCUCUUCGCUGGCUUUUUUGUUUUAAACGCGUAAAAACUUCAUCCAUUUCCAGAGUCUGAACUUUUUGUAAAGGCGAAAUAUACAUUUUAACGCGGAUUUCACAUUUUUCGGAAGUUGUGUUGACCAAAAACAAAAAUUACUACUUUUUAAAAAAAAAUUACUCGCACAGAAACUUUUUUGUUGUUUCACAACCCUGGAAGCUGAGCCAUCAGUCACUCAGCGGCUCCCUCUGCCAUCAGCUUCCAGGAGCGAUUUUCCACUGAUUCACUUUAGGUGCAAGUUCCCGGGCAAUGGCGGCGUUGAUCAUUUUGCUGCUGAUGCUCACAGACUUUGGUGAAGCAAGCAUCAACAAACCUGUUGUUGUAACUGUGCAGGAUCCGAAUAUUAAAGAAAACCAAAAAAUUUCAAAAGUGGAUUUAAAGCAUUGUUGCAAAGAUAUAUCACAAGUAAGCACUGAUGAUCCAGAUUUUGGUGUGAAGCCUGAUGGCUACUUGUUUGCAACUCGAGCUCUGCGUAUCAGUGAACAACGGAGUUUUAACAUUAAUCUACAAGAUUCACUGACGCUGGUGUGUUGCACAAUUCAGGUCCAUUUGUUGAUCCAGCCAAACUUGCAGCAUGAAUUAAAAGAACUUGUUCGAGCCAAGCGCGCAGUUUUACUGCGACGUCAGAAACGCAGGUGGAGACCUCUUCCGUUUUCUAUCACUGAGAAUGACAUUGGACCUUUCCCCAAAUAUGUUCAAACUAUAAGAUCAGAGUAUGAGCAGAACUAUACAUUGUUUUACAAAAUUACCGGAGAAGGAGUUGAUCGUCCUCCAUUGGGGUUUUUCCGUAUUGAACCCGAGACGGGUAAAAUAUUUGUGUUACGGACCGUGGAUCGUGAGGAGUACCCGUCGUUUAGCCUGACUGGAACAGCAAAGACCAAGGAAGGAUUUGUUCCUGAAUAUCCGCUUUCUCUGACUGUUAAAGUAAAUGAUGUGAAUGAUAAUAUCCCUACAUUUAAUGAAGAGACGUUCGUUGCAAAAGUAGCUGAAGGUUCACCAGUUGGUACAUCUUUCUUCAAGCUUACAGCUACUGACCUUGAUGAGCCCAAUACAUUAAAUACUCUGCUUCGUUACAAAAUUCUGUCUCAGGAACCAGGCUCAAAGUUUGGCCAACUAUUCUCUGUUGAUGAGCGCACGGGUGAACUCAAAACAAAGACUGAUAAACUAGACCGAGAGGAGCAGGACACUUACACACUCACAGUCGAGGUGAGAGACAUGGAGGGAAAACCUUACGGAUUAUUUUCUACGGGAACUGUUGUUGUGCACGUUGCUGAUGUGAAUGACCAUACUCCAACAUUUAAGACCAACAAAUAUAUGGUUUGGGCUAACGAGAGUGUAAGUGAUGUGAUGAUCCUCCGAAUGCCAAUUGAUGACGAGGAUAUGAAGGACACCAAUGCAAGCAGAGCUGUGUUCACUAUCGUUAACGGGGACAACGAUGGAAAUUUCAAAGUCAUAACUGAUCCCAAGACCAACGAGGGUCUCUUAUACAUUGUAAAGCCCUUAGAUUGUGAGAAAACACCAAAAAUCCCAUUGGAAAUUGCAGUGGAAAAUGCGGUCCCUCUGACUGGAAGUUCUGCUUCGAGACAAACUGCUUCAGUCAUGGUCAAUGUUGCGAAUGUAGACGAAGGUCCAGAAUUUGAACCCGCUGUCAAACAAAUCUGGACAAAGGAGAAUGUGGAAAUUGGACACCUUUUGGACUCUUAUGUAGCAAAGGAUCCUGAGACUCGAAGCAGUGAUGGCAUCAGGUACAGGAAACUAAGUGACCCUGCAGGUUGGGUUUCCAUUGAUUCACAAACUGGUGAGAUCCGAACUACUGCUGUGUUGGACAGAGAGUCUGAAUUUGUAAAAAAUAAUAAGUACAAUGUGACAGUGCUGGCCAUAGAAGACCGAGCUCCUGGAAGGACAGGAACUGGGACAGUUGUGAUCAACCUGGAUGAUGUGAAUGACCACAUUCCACUGAUCCAUAACAAUCAGUUGUACAUUUGUGAGAAUGGACAGCGUCAGUUUGUCAAUGUGUCGGCUGAGGAUUCUGAUAUUGCGCCUAAUUCUGCUCCAUUUACAUUUCUCCUGCCGGAUGAACCACCAGAAAUUAAAAACAAAUGGACAAUCACCAACCAAAUGGGAACCUAUGCCUUUGUGAAGCCAGUAAAUAAGCUUCCACCUGGUUAUUAUGAAGUUCCUGUCACAAUUCAAGACCAGCAGCACCAAGGAAAAGAGCAAACCUUGAAGAUUACGAUCUGCGAAUGCCCCAACAAUAUAAAUUGUGCAGGAAGACUUGCUUCUGGCAGUGCUGUCCUUGGUGGAAUGGGAAUCCUUGUGAUGUUGUUGGCUGCACUGUUACUACUUUGUUUGCUUCUGGCUGCUGUCGCUUUAUAUUGCGGAGGUGGUAAAGUUCCACAACCUGUGACCCAUACAGGUCAAUAUCAACAAAAUCUCCUCGUCUCGAAUGAUGAGGGCGGUGGUCAGCAAGAUAAGAAUCUUGAUGCACUGGACAUCACUCUGCAUCAGAAAGGUCAAUUUGCAACUGAAAACGUCCCACCCCUUGGCAACCAAGAAACAGGGUUUGGACAACAGACUCAAAUCCCUUCUGUCUACGGGAGUGGAGUGCAAGGACCACAUUUCGGGACAACGAUAACUGAUGAAAUGGUGAAUAUAACCGGCGGAGGUAUUUACGAUGAAUCAGUGGGUACACAUCAUACACUGCAUCUCCAGAACGACAUGAUGCAUCAAGAUUUGACCACGAUGGACGGGUACAGACUAGACCGGAGAAACAGUCAUCAUCUGAUGGACCUCCUUCGUUCACGUGUUGACCAGGUAUAUGAAGAUGAGGAGCUGAGAGACCAAGCCAUUCAUGGUGACCUGGUACAUGAUUACCGAUAUGAAGGAGCUCCUUCAGUCAAUGGGUCUGUCGGCUGUUGCAGUGACGUGAGGGAGAACAUGGGACAAGACUACUUGAAUGAUCUGGGACCCAAAUUUGGCACGUUGGCCAGCAUGUCUUUAAAAAGAUGAGGAGCAUAUAUUAAAGCUUCAAAAUUCACUUCACUACUUGUGAAGUUGAGAUUUUUUUCAAUUGGAAGGUGUCUGAGGCAAUUGUUGUGUUCUUUACAUCCAAUAACUGCAUGGAACAGAAAACAGAAUUAAUAAACCUUUCAGCACAUACCCCACCCCCAAUUUUGUUAUCGACUAAUGCAUUAAGAAAGUGAUUGUAUUUGACUCGAAUGAAUAUGUCUCUCAAAAUCUUAUCACACUGAUUUUAAAAAGGUUCCUGUUAUUUCAUGUUAAGGGCAGGACAUGAAUGUGAGUUUGGGGGGAAAAAAAACAAUAUUGUCUUGAUGACAUUUUCAAGUAGACCAUCAAACCAUAGGCUUGUAUAGUUUACAUUCCGAGCUAUCACAGCAUCUGGAAUUACAGACUGGGCUGUUUCUUUUAAAGCCUUUAGUUUAAUGCCUCCUGGGUUCCAUUUGGUUUCAUAGUUGUUGACCAGUACAGCCAAGGGCUGCAGUGCCUUUUGGGAAACUUGUGCAGCAUGAGCUGACUCUUUUUGCUGUUGUGG